GUCAGUUUUCUCCUUAGCUCACAACAAGCCAGCAAAUGUUUAGAUAAAUUAAUCGUCCUUUUUUAGUCCUUCUUUUGUGUGUGGAACUUCCACCCAAAUGAACAGCUUUUUCUUUACUGUUUGCCAACGAUUCUAAUCACACCCGAAACGGAGCGGGAAUGUACAGUACUUAGUGUGUAAUUAGGAAGGUAUUUUUGUCGUGCUGCCGUGGACCGUGGGAAAAGGGAGCCGUGGAAUCCUUACAGCGAUCACCGCAAAAAAAUACCCCGUGCGAAAGAGCCUGCCUGCCUGUCUGCGAGAUUUCGGUUUGCCUGCGGUCGGGAACGAUUCCUUGUCCGUUCAGUAUUGUUCCUGCUGCUGGAUGAAAUCUGCUGACGAAAGGCGGCUCUCGACGCAACAACGGCGGAAACGGGACUCUUGGAAAGGUGUGGAUAGAUGCGUGCGUGCGUGUGUGCUUGAGUGUCUGGCAGAAAUAGAAGCACGGCCAUUUUCGGUCAAUAAAGGACAUCUUUCGGUUCGCCGUAUGGCCGCCGCGGCACAUCACUGAAGCGAAGCAACACCCGAACAGUGUGAAUGCUCUUAUAUCGAGGUGGAAGGUAUCAGUGCAACGAAAAGAAAUCAGUGCUUUGAUAUCUUACGGGUCGUGUCGUCGUGGUAGCCCGCGAUUCGAUAUAGCAUCACGUGUGCGUCGUAACUGUCGUAAUCAGUCAACGGGUCAGCAGUGUGUGUUACCGUGAAGAACCGUGGUUUUAUGUAAAGUGUAAAUUCCAAGAUUCCACCGACGAAACGUAGUACGCAAGGUUUUGAAGCACUAGAGUUGAUCGUCGUUCCACCGGCGGCAACAAAGAUUCCUUCUCGGAGAACCUCUUGGACAGCAGCAGCAACAUCAUGCACGGACAUAUGCCGCAACAACAUCACGGGAUGCACCCGGCACAUCAGCAGCCACCGCCACAUCUGGCUCACCUUUCCAGUCUUCCACCACACACUAUGCAGCGUGACCAUCCCGCUAAUCGAUUGAACAACGUGCGCCAUCAUCAUCCGCGUGGUGUGGAUCAUCAGGCGGCGGUGGCAGCGGCCAUGGCACCGCCCCAUCUGCAGAUGCAAGUACCGCCCCCUCCUGCGCCACACCAGCCGCAGAAUGGCCGGAAGCCACCACCGUCGGCAGGCCCCGGUUACUACACGCCAAAUGGCACGAUUCACGGAGGACUCCAGAAAUCACUGCCACUAACGGCAGCUCACAUGCAUCCACCGCCUACUUUGAACGUCGGACCUUCUCCUCAGCAACAGCAGCAGCAACAUCCUAGUACACUGCCAGGCCAGCAUCCAGGCGUCGUCGUCGGUGGUAAGCUACCUUACGGGAUGAGUCAGCAACAGCAGCAGCAGCAUCCGGGUAAACAGUCAAUGGCCCAUCAGCAGCAUCAUCCGUCGGUAGCAGCGAUGGCACCACCAAUACCAGUUGUGUCGGCGGCAACACCGGCCGGUACUAAAACACGCCACAUACCUUCGAAUACAGACCAAAAAAUUCACCAUCACAGUCACAAUACAUCACAUCAGGCUGCGGCAACUACUACGACGACGGCGACGAAUGGGAAUAUAGGUCCGGGAUCGAAACCAACGACAGAGAAGUCCAAAUCGGCAAGCGGAGUAAUAAAGCAUCAUCACGCAUCGAUGUCAACGAAGGAGAUGGCAGGCACCAAGGUCACCUCAGCGCCAGUAUCAACAGCAGCACCCGUUACCGUGAGUGCAAAUCCACCCAACGCAGCAGUCGUCUCGAUUAUCCCGGUGACGGCUGUUGUUAACGUUGCAAGUGAUGCAUCCUCCGGAACUGCCACUGUUGCUACGGGUGCCGGUAGUAAUGGUGGCACUGCAGCAGCCUCUUCGACGAUACUACCAACAGCAGCAACGAGUGGCGAUGAUGCAAUGAUACAGGGUAGCAGCGGUCAACAGCAGGGCGGUCAGGCUACCCUGUCCUCUUCCAACUCGUCAGAAACCUUGGCAAACAUGAAAGAGAAAACGACAAUGUGCCUGGUGAAUGAGCUGGCGCGGUACAACAAGAUCCAGCACCAGUACCGGCUAACCGGCGAAACGGGACCGGCCCACAGCAAGCGUUUCACCGUCACGCUCAAGCUCGGCGACGAAGAGUACACUUCGGAGGGUGCGAGCAUCAAGAAGGCGCAGCACAAGGCGGCCGGUGAUGCGAUUGCCGCAACGAAGUACAAGCACCCGCCAGCUCGCACCAAUCGCCGUACGAAGAGUGGGGUUAAGGGGAACGUAGGCAGCUUCACGCCAACCGUCGAGCUGAACGCGCUUGCCAUGAAGCGGGGCGAACCAACGGUUUACAAAGUGGUGGCGGUACCGUCAACCGUUUCGAAGUACGCACUCGGUGGUCAGCCCGGUACGGUACCCGGCAGUGGAGGUGCUUCCGGUGGUCGCAGGACGAUGGGUGGACCAGCGGCGGCCAUCGAUAAGCUACCACCGACGGUCCCGGCCGGUAUGUUACCACCGUACGGAGGUUCAUCGUUACCACCAGGAGCACCUGGUGGCAGGUACGGACCACCGCACAGUAUCGAUGGGGGUGGUGCCGGUGGUACGGCGUACUGGGGUCGUGGUCCAGGUGUCGGCGGGAGAGGUGGUAUGGGAUUUCAUCCAGGUAAUCAACCGCAGCAGCAGCAUGGGCAGCAGCUUCAUGGUCACCUUCCUCGUGGUCCGGCCGGUCUUGGCAUCGAGGAGCAUCAUCACCAUCACCAUCUUCAUCAUCACCAUCCACCGCCACCUCCUCCACAUGUCAAUCAUCAUCAUCUACAUCAUCAUCAGCAUGAUGCAACGGGUCAUGCAGCUGUUAGCUAUGGAGGUAGUGGUGGUGUACACCAUCCUUCCAGUGCACCAUUGCCGGCCCAGGAGCUCUACAAGGCGACCCUGCGCGUUGGCGAACGAACGUUCCUAGGCGAAGGCCAUACGCCGCAAGCAGCACGACAUGAUGCGGCGGCGCGCGCUCUCGAAGUGCUAAAACCACUGACAGCCUCCGAGGCCGGCUCCGAUGGUAAAAGCAAGCAGGGUACCAGUGGAGCCGGUAGUGGAGGAUCAGCAUCGGGUGCGGGUGAUGGUGAGACAGCGCAAAACGGUCAUUCUACCGAAGGAGGCGACGGUGAUCCGAACGCGGAACUGAAAUCCCCGAUCUCGCUCGUCCACGAGAUGGCCGUCCAACGCCAGUUGUCGGUCGUGUUUGAGGUGAUCAGUGAGAAGGGUCCACCGCACAUGACAGUGUUCGUGACGCAAUGCAAGGUAGGAACGAUCGUUACGGAAGGCGAGGGUACCGGCAAGAAGCUGUCGAAGAAACGGGCGGCCGAGAAAAUGCUCGAACAGUUGCGCAAUCUACGCAAAGCGGAGCAACAAGCGGCCCUCAACAGCGGUGGAUCAGACGCGUGGACGGAAGGAAAGACCGGUGGUGGCAACGAAAAGCGCAAGGCCAAAUCAACAGCAGCUGCAACGGCUGCGUCCGCUGCCGAUGGUUCCGUUAGUGGUGUAGCAACGCUGAAGAAGAAGGCGCGUAAUCUGAUCAAAGAGAAGUCUGUAGCGGAGGGAGGCGUAUCGGAGAAGGAGAACCCAAUAUCGCGACUGAUGCAGAUACAGCAGGCACGGAAGGAGAAGCAACCGGUGUACGCACUAGUGGAAGGCGAUCGACCCACCACCGGUCGUCGGAAGCAGUUCACCAUCGAGGUAACGGCAGCCGGUAAGCGUGCUGUUGGCGUCGGUAUGACGAAGAAAGCGGCCAAAUGGACCGCCGCCGAGGCACUGCUGAUCGAGCUCGGAUAUGCGCCCAGCCGGGCCACCGGUGGACCGGUGAACAAGGAAAACCAAUCGUCGGCCGCCAACGAAGCAUCGGCAUCGGCAGGCUCCCGAAAGGUGCUGUUUAAUGAUCCAUCCGAUGCUUCUACCGCCGGUACACCAUCGAAACCAGUGAAUGGACCGCACGUUAAUGGCAGCAAUCAGGGAACAGCACAGAAUGGCCGAAGCGAUGGCGGAAGAGAUUUGAUGAAUGAUAGUACAGCCUCUAACGACAGCAUGGUGACCAAUAGUUCCGGUGUGUCUAGUGCAUCCUCUGGUGGAACCGGUGGACAAACGCAAACAGUGAACAACUCGGCACCGUCUGCCUCAUCCGCUACAAGCACUCCAUCAAAGCCGGACGUCGGUCGAAACAAGGAACAGCUGCUAUACCUGGCCCAGCUCUUAAAGUUCGAGGUUCAGUUUUCCGAUUUUCCCAAAGGCAAUCACGGUCAGUAUCUGACACUGGUAGUGCUCACCACAGAACCGCCCCAAAUGUGUCACGGCAGUGGUGCCAGUUUGCAGGAAUCGCAAGACGAGGCGGCCCGUUGCGCGCUUGAAAUGCUGGCCAAGAUCGGAUUGGAUAAUGUAAAACCCAAGACGGCUUCCGCGGCCCCGGAUGGUGCCAUAACUGCAGGUGCGAGCAAGUAGAGUGGAUGUGAUGCGAGGAAUCCCAGGAAAAUAGUUGUAGUGUAAGCACAAAAGUAUUGCACCGGCAAUCACCGGAAUACGUAGGGAUGGAGGGAUCUCCCCUAUUCCGAUGCCGUGUAUGGGCCUCGAAUCCACCACUAGGAGCAUUGUGGAAGGGAAAAGACAGAGAGGGAGAGAGAGAGAGGGAGAGAGAUCACUGGUGAAGAUUGUAUUCACCCCUUUAAGAGGGGGAAUACAUGUUUUUUUGUUUGUUUGUUAUGUUUUGUUUGAUUUUUGUCGAAACAUUUGCUAGUUGUGGGCCACACGUUACCGUGCACAACACUGGGUUGCAACCUAUUCCAGCUCAGGUUAAUGAAGCCGGCGAGCGUAUGUCGGUGUGUGUGAGUGUGUGUGUGCACGGAAACGGUGGCCAACGGUGUUUGCUUGAAGCGACCUUUAAUGAGCUAUCACCACCACCACAAUUGGGAGAUAGCAAAAGCAUCUGCGUCGCUCAAAAGCAUUACGCAAACCCUGCUAGCAGCUUUUGAGCGACGGCAGAAUUGAUUACCAUUUACCUAAGCGAUCAACAGCAGUAGUAGCAUUAACAGUAGCAGCCUAUCAAUGAAGGAGAACUGCACUGAAUAUGCCACGCAGCUAGACAUAAACAAGCCAACGGAGAAGUCAAGAUGUGCAUGAAGGUUCUUGAAUCAUAAUACCGAGGGAGGGUUGUAUUGUCGCAUCUACAACAGAACGACUCAGACAGUGGAUCAGAAUGAUCGAGCGUAGUAAUUUGUAACGAGACAUUCUACAUCGUAGAGUUGAUUUUAUGUGAUCGCUGACUAGUACAGGCACGAAGCCAAGACAUUAUAGGUAGCCCAUCUGAGUUGCUAGUCAGUGAAAUCGAAUCCAUAAUUACACACAGAACGCAACCACCCUGGCCCACACUGUUCCGCAGUGAUGGGGAUAAUGAGGAUGUAGGAAUUUGGGUCAUAUAAUAAUCUUUUGUACUUCGUUUGAUAACCUUCAUCAAUCUACUUUUCAAUGUGUGUGUGUACGUGUAUACGUUUUUGUGUGUGUUUGUAAGUGCGCACGUGGUUGUAUGGACACACAUCUACCCAGCACUAGGAUACACCAAAAGGGGACAUCAUUGUUCAUCAGCGUAACUCUUCUACAAAAUCAGCAAAAAAUAGUGUCGUCUGUGGUGCUUCUUACACAUACGACAGUUCUGCUGUCCUGUCCUGUGUAAGUAUGGGUGCGUGUGUCCAAUACGUGGAGGAAUGCAGUAAAAUCUCGAAUGGAAUAGUAACGAGGAAGCAAAUGAAGCAGAUAGCGAAGGUCGAGAUUUUACUAGAUUCUAUACGCCGAAGAACCGAGAAGCUCUUUACCCGUGGUCCUUAACAAAGGAGAUCUAAAGAAGAAAGUAAGAUCCGGAUACACCGAAUCCGCGAUCUGGGCGUCUCCGAUACUUAGACAUCUAGCAAUUUAAGUGUGUUUCUGCUAGUGUUCGUAUUACACCGUAUAGCUUAACUCUGUAAGAAAUAAUGUAUUUUUUCGCGCAUCUGGUACGAUUCGGUCUUGAUACCACUUAAAACGGAACUUCCUUUCUACCAGCCAUACUACAUUACUCUACAUACAAUCAACCAAUACAAUAGCUUUACUCAUAAUGCAUCAUUGAGCGACGAAGAAGACUCCAAACAUUCUUAAUAGGACAGGACAACAAUAGCAUAAAACACAAUAGUAGCACGACGGCCGACCCUUCCGUGGUACCCGCCAUUGGAAUUUGGCGCAUACAACCAUCUAAAUCAGCAUCAUUCCCCUCCCUUUUCGUUAUUCAUCAAUCAAUUCCCCUGAUCGACCUAAUCGUGAUAGCAAAACAAAAAAUACAUUUUUUCAAACAUACCAAACUGAAAAAAAUGCAAAAAAGCAAUGAUAAGAAGAAGAAAAAACACUAGAGAAGCGAAAGGUGGAAUCAAGACAAGGCGGCUAGUAAGUCAUAAACAACAUCGGAACGUUUCGGAAACACAUUUUGAUCUAAGUUCUAGGCGUACGCGGAACAGAGAAAGCAGCGGCUAGAGGAGAGCAAAUGGUGGCCUAUUUGGGUUUGAAUUUGCGCUUUCGGAACAAGAGUCGUGAGACGCGAAAUAAGGAAGCAAAAACACUGGAAGAUGGGCAUCCUACACGCUACACACAAAACACACAAAAAUAUCUCUCCAUUAGGCAUAUGGUAAUUGAUGGCGUGUGGCGCAAAGGAAGAAAACUCCCCAUUAGAAAACCCGAUUCCCGCUGAUUAGUAACAGCGAUCGUGAACCUAUCUAUUUAUAUUGUUAUUCAUUGAUUGCAGUAUAGUAUCGUGUGUGGAUCUGAUCAUCAAGGAGAUUCAAAAAGGGAUCCAUCCCCCAUCAUACACAAAACUUAAAUCAUGCGCGUUGUUCAGGUCAGUUCAGGGAACAAACUUAAUAUUUAUUUUAUGAUGUAUCAUUAAAAAGGAAAACAAGAAGAACGAAGAUAUCCGGAGUGUUGGUUGGCUGAUUUGCGACUUGCGGAAUCGCGCAAAGACUCACAAUCUUUCGCGUUCCGAGAAAGGAUAAAUCUGACCUUCUUCAGGCAUCCACCGGCGGUCAUUGUUUUAACUGCUGCACUCUGCAUGCUCGCAGAAUCGUUCUUUGGAUCUUCGGAUAUCAGAAUGAUUGACGAUGGCGACAAGAGGCAUUGGCUAAAACACGAGACCACGUGGUGGACCAAGCAGGAAGUGAAGUUCGGCAAAGUAUGGCUUAUUAACGGGCCAGUAAGCACAACAGCCUUCGUUUGUUUUUUAAAAUUAGUUUAAAAGUCCAUGCCAAGCGACGAUUGGAAAGGAAAGUGGGAGUUGUUAGUGAACGCAGGUCCCUUUGUCAUCUCCCAAAGUUUGAUCUUUGAUGUUUGUUUGUAAAGAGUUCUAAAAGCCGUUAGACACCCGUUCUUGGUAACAUUUUAGAUGAAAAUCUUACCGGCACUAUCCCGAAUUUAAUGUGGUAAAAACAGUAAACAUUCGAGAGGAACCCAAUGGAAAAGAAAACUAUUUUAACUGCAAAGACGCGAACGAUAACCUUUCCGGAAUAUAGGCAGCUAUUGAAGAAUGUUCCCUCUGUUACGCUCACUCAGCAUUACUAUUAUGGCAACAGGGACCUGGGACAGACGUUGACCGUGAGACUACAAGAACAUUGAUGAAUCUUUUACUUUGAUAAGCGCUCCCCCGUAGAUUUUCUGAUCCUGCGAUCGCGUGAAGAUAUUGUGUAGAGACGCAUAGAGACGAAUCAAUGGGAGGAUGCGUUAAUAUCCUCGCGAAAGUUGAGUUAGAUUGAAGGUUUAAAGGUAUUGACCAGAGAGAUGUCGGUAGAAAGUCGGUACUAUACCGAUGCACUGCUCGUGGAGAGCCUAGAGGAGUGUAGGAAAGGACACAGAGAGAUACGGGAAGAAAGAGAGAUAGAGCGACAGCAACUUCAUCGACGUCAUCAUCAUCAACAUAUUUGUACGAGAACCAAACAACAAGUCUAUGGAAUGAAUAAAGAAAAUAUCCAACAAAUGAAACCAACGAACGAGUUAGGAUGAGGUAUUUUAUUCCCAAAAG